UUCAGUGGAUUGGUUGGUCCUUUUCCCAAUGGACAAUUUAGCAUUUGAGGUGCAAGAAGAUGGAACACAGAGAGCUUCAUCUAUGGGAAAGAUCAGUUCCCUCUCCAAUGUGGCCAAGAAGAGGCAGUGGUCACUGGUGAGCAUCUUCCUGCUGUGCUUGCUGGCCUGCUUCCUUACCACAGCGCUUGGAGUACUUACUCUCUCCUUGGUUUACGUUAACUCCAAGCCUCACUUUGAGCUGGAAGUGUCUCCUCUGCACACGGCGGCUCCCCCAGUACAAAAGUCUGUUGACCCAAAAUUUCAAUUUCUUAAUCAUUUGCCCAAAUCCAAGGUGUUUGAGUUCCCUGGUGGUGUAAUCCAGUGGGCAAGGUACAGGGACAACAUCAAAGACUAUCUCAGUGAAGAAGAGGAGGCUUUUGGCACCAGCUUGAACAGCCUAAGGUCACAGAUGACUCUGGGGACACUGAGAAUAAAAAGCAAGGGUCUCCGGGCUCCUCACUGGCACUUCAAUGCCAACGAACACGGCUUCCUCGUGCAGGGGACGGCGUGGAUCGGGGUGGUUGAUGAUGGCGGUGAGGUCGCUAUCACUUACAAUGUCACAGCUGGCCAGGUGAUCUUCUUUCCUAAAAAUACGCUCCAUUGGAUAAAGAAUGUGGGCCAUGAAGACUGCUUCUUCUUGCUCUUCUUUUCUACCCACGAUGAGCUACAGACUCUGGAUGUCGAUGAUGUGUUUUUUUCUACACCUGAAGACAUUGCUUCCAGGUCACUUAAGCCUGAAGGUGGAAUCAAUUUCAUUAGAAAAUUCCAGAAGCAAACUGAGGACCAGGGGGUCAACCUUCCUCCCAACUUGGCAGAACUGGUUAUGAAUGCUAGUUACGUACAGUCUCCUGACAGCCUUGUGUGGAGAUACUUUUUUGACCUUAAAGGAUCAAAAGAAUAUAAAUUUCCAGGGGGAGUCAUCCAACGAGCACAGUACUGGAAGAAUGGAAAUGAACUAAGCAACAAUGAAAAAAUUUUCAAUGAAUUUCUACAUCAGCAUCAAAAUGUUCUCGCUUUGAAUACACUCAGGAUUUAUAAUAAUGGAUUAAGGCAGCCACAUUUUCAUCUCAAUGCAAAUGAAAUGGGAUAUGUAGUGAGCGGAUGUGGAAAGGUGGGCAUCACUGAUACUCAGAGAACAAUAGAGUUUAACGUUCACAUUGGAGAUGUGGUGUUUUUUCCUAUUGGGACCCAGCAUUACAUCAAGAACACAUGUGACGAGGAUUUGCUCUUUGUUCUUGCCUUCAGCACUGGAGAUCAAGUACAAACUCUUGACAUGGACGAUUAUCUCCAGGCCACCUCAGACCAUAUUUUGGCCCAGCUUUUCUUCAGAAAGCAAAGCGAGUUUAAGAAGAUUCCCAAAUUUACAGAAGACCAGGCCAUCAACCAGCCGUAAAUUACUAAAGAGUGCAUGUCUAGUGUUCAUUGUCAGUGGUUGAUAAAGAAAGGGCCCUGGCUGAGAAACUGGGGCUUGUUACAAAACCACAAGGGCAAAUGAGCCCUAGGCUUACCAAUGUGGGCAUCUGAGCAUGGAAAGUCUUGUCAAUGGAACAGUCCAGGUUCAGGUGUCUGGGUCAUUUUAAUGCAUACAUUAUAUAUACAUAUAUACAUAUAUAUAUAUAUAUCUUGUUACUUUAAAUGUAUUGUGUAAGCAUUUGUUUUGAUAGAUAUAGGCAAAAUUUAACUACUCAAGUAUUAUUCAUUAUUCAUCACUGUGGGAGUCAGAAGAGAGACUGGUUUAUAUAUGCACAUUUUGAGGCACUGUAAUUCAUUCAACCUGUCUGAGGAGUUUAGCGCCAUGCCUUAAACUGGAGAUCCUCAGUCCUUUUUAGCAGAAGAGAGUUUUGAUAAUGUCAGCAUUUUCAGAAAUUUAGCUAUACUAGUAAUUGUAUACUUACUUUAUAUUACCAUGGAAGCUAUUUAAUGACAAAACAAUUACGAACUAAGUACCAUCUUUGAAUGUAUUUAUAUUUUGUUGGUAACCUCACCAUCUGUUUCCAUUUGAGAAAAUUUUCCCAAUGGUUGAGAAUUGUCUGUUAGUCUGAUGCUGGUGUUGGCUGUGUAUAAAGAGUCGCGGACACCUUAUCAUCUCUCUGAA